UGUCCGUGCUUUUGCUGUCUGUUUCUCUCCCCUCCCAUGCAUAAAAUUCAACGAUUUAAAUUCCAUUUCUCCAAAAUACCCUCUGAACCCGCUAAAUCUACCCCAAAACUAUAAGGUAGUACCGUAAUUUUUCUGCAAUAAUAAGGGUAUUUUAGUCACAAAAGAUCAGAAUCCUGCCUUUCCGUAUUUUCGAGCGUUAGAAGUUCCCCUCUCCAACGGUCCAAGGACCCAACUUUCCCUCUGAAAUUUCCUUUUCUUUUUCUUUUCCAUUUUCUUUCCAAUUUUCUCGCGAAACAAACUGGGAAAAACCUCGUAAACCCCUUGGGAGAGAGUAUAGGAGGAGGAGCUGAGUAUAUACUGACGACGACGACGGUGAAGGAAAUGAUGGUAAUGAUUCAAACAGCGGUGGAGGUUUUGGUGCCGUCUUGGUGGGAGGUGAAGGUGACGGUCGCGGCUUCGCUGUUCAUGAUCUUCGCCUACUGGUUUUUCUCGAAUAAAAUGGACGAUUUGGGCCUUGAUCGAACGAGUGUGGAGAUUGCUUCGACUCAGGCCAUGGAUGACGAGGAAAAGUUCUGCACUUAUUUUGUAGAUAGCCCAAAUGAAUGGAGAUUCUGAAACUGAUUCUGCAUAUUUAAUUAAGUUGGAAUUGUUGGCAGCUAAGAAUCUUAUCGGUGCGAACUUAAAUGGCACAUCAGAUCCUUAUGCUAUGAUCACUUGUGGUUCAGAAAAGCGGUUCAGUUCAAUGGUCCCAGGUUCUAGAAAUCCCAUGUGGGGAGAGGAGUUCGAUUUUUCUGUUGAUGAGCUUCCUGUCCAGCAGAUUACUGUGACAAUAUAUGACUGGGAUAUAAUUUGGAAAAGUGCUAUUCUUGGUUCAGUGACUGUCACAGUUGAAAAUGAUGGUCAAACUGGUGCCGUAUGGUAUGCGUUAGAUAGCCCUUCUGGGCAGGUUUGUCUUCAUAUUAAAACAGUAAAGCUCUCUGGAAGUUCUUGCAGGGUCAUGAAUGGGUAUGCUGGUGCUAAUCCUAGAAGAAGAGCUUCUUAUGAUAAACAAGGGCCAACAGUGGUUCAUCAGAAGCCAGGGCCUCUGCAAACAAUAUUUAACCUCCUUCCAGAUGAGGUUGUCGAACGUAAAUACUCAUGUGCACUCGAGAGGUCAUUCUUGUAUCAUGGCCGUAUGUACGUCUCUGCAUGGCACAUAUGCUUCCAUUCUAAUGUGUUCUCAAAGCAAAUAAAGGUGAUUAUACCAUUGGGAGAUAUUGAUGAGAUACGUAGGAGUCAGCAUGCAUUCAUUAAUCCUGCCAUAACUAUUAUUCUUCGUAUGGGUGCUGGUGGGCAUGGUGUACCUCCUCUAGGGAGCCCUGAUGGUAGAGUCAGAUAUAAAUUUGCAUCAUUUUGGAACAGGAAUCAUGCAUUGAGAGCAUUGCAACGGGCAGUAAAAAACUACCAUGCAAUGUUAGAAGUUGAGAAGAAGGAGAGGGCAGAGUCAGCACUGCGUGCACAUAGUAGUUCUACCAGAGGUAGUAAGAGACAGUCUAAGGUACCUCAAGACAAUGUGUUGAAACCUGAAAAGAUUCAAGCAUUUAUUAAGGAGGAGGUUCUUCUUGGUAUACAUAAUAGUGUUUUCCCUUGCACAGCGGAACAGUUCUUUACUCUAAUUUUGAGUGAUGAUUCUAGUUUUACAAAGGAGUAUCGCUCAAUGCGAAAAGAUACUAAUCUUAAUAUUGGACAGUGGCAUGCGGCAGAUGAAUAUGAUGGCCAAGUAAGAGAGAUAACAUUUAGAUGUCUCUGUAACAAUCCCAUGUGUCCCCCUGACACAGGCAUCACAGAGUAUCAGCAUGCGGUUCUAUCACCAGAUAAGAAAACACUUGUUUUUGAGACUGUACAACAGGCGCAUGAUGUUCCAUUUGGAUCUUACUUUGAGGUUCACUGUCGGUGGCGUCUUGAGACCAAUUCUGAAAGCACAUGUACUAUAGAUAUCAAAGUGGGCGCACAUUUUAAGAAAUGGUGUGUGAUGCAAUCCAAAAUCAAGUCAGGUACUGUUAGUGAGAACGAGAAAGAGUUGGGAGCGAUGUUAGAUCUGGCUCGAUCUUAUGUCAAGUCGCGUACUUCUGAUAGUGAGACAAACAAGCUGUUGCCAUCACCAUCGUCAUCACUAUCGCCACCACCCUCAUCCACUGUCACACAAGAUUUAUAACUAAUGUUGUCUGCAUAUAUUUUUUGGUUCAGUGCUGUUGUAGUGUUCUCUUGCAGCCGGCCUCAAUUUGCUCUCUGCAUAGAAACAGUGUGCUGCUGUAAUUUGUUCUAAUGUUAUAGCAAUUUCUUUUUCUACA